CAAAAGUUAAAACACAACUACAGUUCUAUUUCCCCUUUUCACAUGUUGUUAUUAUAGGAGUUAGCAUGUAGCUCGUUAGCAUAAACCAAAUGAAAGAACAAAUGGUUGUGAACUCUUACCGGUGUGGAGUUAGCUUCGGCCGUCAUCGGUUGGUUCUUCCCCGGUAGAGAGCGACCAAGCGUCGGCUGUGGAGUGACUGGAAAGAAGCAGAAACUUCCGUGUUGCUAGCUUAGCUCGUUUGGGCUAACCCCGACCAGCACGCGUCUCAUUCUGUGAACGUGCUCGUGAGGGUCGGUCCCAGCCUGGACUUCCUUACCAACGCUAGCUAAGGGCGGUGCAUGCAUGUUAGCUAGUGAGAGCUAGCACCUGGACUGAUACGGUGUGUUUACGUGUUGGCUGCAGCUCGGACAUUUGUGAUCUGUCAUGUAGAGUCGCUGCUCCUCCUGUUUCCUCCUCCUGCUCCCCUGCACCUCCUGCUCAGGCCCCCGGGUUAUUGACUCGGCGACUCGAUGGGGAAGAGGAAAGACAUGAUUCACCCCAGGUUCCUCGGUGAAGGCAGCUCCAGUCUCCACAGCGUUCACAAGCGGAAACACAAAAAGCACAAGAAGCACAAGAGGAAGCACCACAGCUUCCCCGAGGCGCCGGCCCCCGAGCCUGUGGUCGUCCCUCGGCCUCCUCCACAGCUGAGACUCAAGAUCAAACUGGGAGGACAGACACUGGGAACCAAGAGCGUUCCCACCUUCACUGUGCAUCCCGGUGUCGCACGCCCCCCCUCGCCACUGAUGAUCAUUGAUAACAAUGUUGAUGAUUCUGAUGAUGAUGAUUCUGAUGAUGACGAUGACGACGACGAGCCGCCCUCUGUGCCUCUGGAGCAGUAUCGAGCCUGGCUGGAUGAAGACAGCAACCUGGCCACGUCUCCUAUGCCAGACAUGGAUUCGGACUCCAUGCUGGGUGCGCCUGUGGACGAGGAGGAGCGGUGGCUGGACGCUCUGGAGAAGGGAGAGCUGGACGACAACGGGGAGCUGAAGAAGGAGAUCGAUGAGUCUCUGCUCACAGCCCGACAGAAAGCCCUGUUGCACAAGCAGCAGAGCCAGCCUCUCCUGGAGCUGCCCAUGGGCUACAAGGAGAAGGAGAUGACCGUGGAGAUGAUGCAGAAACGGGAGGAGCGAGCUCGAAAGAGGCGACUGCAGGCCGCCAAAAAGGCCGAGGACAGCAAGAACCAGACGAUAGAGAGACUGACAAAAACCAGCAAGGCCAAGAUCAAGAGCAUGAAGGACAGGAGGUCCAAGCUGAACCAGAGCCCCAUGGUUCGCUACAGCGACACCGCCCUGGGCCUGGCUAUCUCCUUCCCCACAGGGGUCCAUGCUCCGGCGCCGGCACCUCCCCUUCCUUCACCUCCGGCCCCGUCGAGCUGUGGAGUUAGCGGCUGCUCUAACCUGAAGAAAUACUCGUGCUCCACGACCGGGGUUCCUCUCUGCAGCCUCGAGUGCUACAAGAGGAACCUGCUGCUCGUUCAGAGCGCCGCGUGAACGCUGACGGGACCAGACUCUUCUGAAACGACCUCCACUGGGAUGUGACAUGAACACUCAAACUGAUCUGUAUGCAAUGUGGAUUUCCUUUUUUUGUUUGCAGAUGUGUGUUGUAUAAAUAUCUUACAUACAUUGUGUUUAUGAUUUCCAUAUUUUUAUAUGAGAGACUUGAAACAGAAGUGUUUUCUUUGACAAAGAUUAGUAUAAAAAGAAUGAAACAGAAACUUUCUUUUCAACUUGAUGUUCAUUUUGGUAACAAGUUAGUACACUUCCAUACAAAACUAUACAAGCAGUUAAAUUAACAAAUGAAAUCCCCCCCCCCAACAAUUCAAUCUGUGACAAUAUCAAUACAACCUUAGUUAAUUUGUGGA